UCAAUCAUCACCGAUUUAGUUUAGUUUCGAUUUUUCUUGCUGCGUGAAGUUCGUUGUGUUAUUUUAGUCAGAAUGAAGCUCCAAACUAUUAUUUUUGGCAGUUUAUUGUUGUUGCAUUAUUCAAUGGUCAGGACUGAAGCUUCAAAUAUACUCGGUGUGUUUUUGAGUCCUAGUCCUUCUCAUGUUAUCGUACACAUGGGCAUUGCGAGGGCUUUGAUUGAUCAAGGCCACAAUCUAACCAUUAUAACGUCGAUGCCUUUGAAAGAUAAGAAUCCAGCCUUUCGACACAUCCACCUUAAGAGCCUUGAUAUCUCAACCGGAAAAUUCAUCACCAAAAUGAACGAAACGCCAUUGUUGCUGAAACCCUUUGCUAUGUAUUCGAUAUUAAAAGAAUUUGGAGGAACAUUUUCAAAUUUUUCCAACGAUCCUGCAUUUAUAAGUUUCAUGAAGGAGGACAAUCAUUUUGAUCUUAUGCUGCAUGGAUAUGUUUUUAAUGAUUAUCUACUGGGCUUGGCUGCGCAUUUUAAAUGUCCCGUGGUCUUAUCUUGGAUAGUUCAACCUUUUGGUCAGAUAAACAGACUUAUUGGUAAUCCAAUCAAUUCGGAGUUUGUUCCAUUUGCACCGUUUUUCGACCCUAAACCAAUGGAUUUUCCAAACAGAGUUGUAACCUUUAUGGCAAAUGUUUUUGAAAGGAUUUUGAGCGAGUUUCUUUAUAUAUAUUCUGAGAAGGUUUACACUGCAAACUUUCCACCUGACAAAUAUCCGACAUUAAAACAAAUGCAAAACAAUAUUUCAAUGGUUCUAUUCAAUCAUCACUUCAGUGAAGGUCCAAUAAGACCCUUAGUUCCGGGAUUAGUUGAAAUUGGAGGUAUUCAAGUUAAGGAUAAACCAGAUCCCUUACCAAGUGAUGUUAAAAAAUUCCUCGACAACUCAACCAAAGGUGCUAUUUUCUUCAGUCUUGGUUCAAACGUUAAGGCAAACCAUAUUGGCCCCGAAGUAAUGGAAUUAAUUUACAAAACCCUCUCCAGUCUUCCAUAUGAUGUGAUUUGGAAAAUUGACACCGACAAACCCUUGGGAACUGCUCGAAAUAUACUUUUUAAAAAUUGGCUUCCCCAAGACGACAUAUUGGCUCAUAAGAAUUUAAAGCUCUUCAUAACACACGCUGGCAAAGGAAGUGUAACAGAAGCCGAAUAUCAUCAGGUUCCCAUGGUAGCACUGCCUGUUUUUGGAGAUCAGCCCGCAAACGCUCAAAUUAUGCAAGAUAAAGGUCAUGGCAUUUCACUUGACCAUACAAACUUGACAGAAACUUUGUUUAGAAAUACAAUUUUGGAGGUAAUGGAAAAUGACAAAUACAGAAAUGCGAUUGAAAGAUUUUCAAAACUCUAUCGAGAUCGGCCACUGACAGCUCGGCAGAAUGCUGUUUAUUGGAUUGAGUAUGUAAUUCGACACAGGGGAGCACCUCAUAUGCAGAGUCCUUUAAGGACAAUGAAUUUCUUUCAACAAAACAGUAUUGAUGUCUUGUUGUUUUUGGGUGUUUCCAUUUAUUUGAUUUAUAGAAUUUGUAAAAUUAGUCUACGUCUUUCAAUUUUGAUUAUGAAAAAAAUGCUUAGGAUCAAUAAAACGAAAAAAGAUUAAGAAAUAACA